AUGUUCAUAAAGGGAGAUACCGAGGCACAUCACGGUCUCGAGCAUCAGGGUGUAUACAUAUAUAAGCCUGCUAGAAGUUCUAAAGCAAAUGAACCGCAGCAGCCUAAAAGGCGUAAACUGGCCCAUUUAUCUGAAACAACUCCUCGGGAUGAUGAACUGCCAUUCGUUCCACUCUUGGACGGCAAGGAGAGCUCAUCAUUGGUGAAGCGCCGUCAUGAUGCGUUUACAGAUUUCUGGUCCGUCCAAAGCCAGAGAAUUCAGGAGAUUCUUAGCGAGCUUGACUCCAAAGCCGUGAAAGAUCUUGCGGACUUCAUUAAGCAAGCGGGACCUGAGAGUUACGAGAACCGUAUUCCAUGUGGAAUGAUUACUUUAGGAUCCAAUAUCUCUUCAAUAUCGGGGCUCCUAGACCGGCUUCGUAAGCGGGUGCAAGCUGACGGCAUUGCGCAAGUUGCAGUAAUCGAAGCUGGAGACGCUGGGAGCGUAAAAAAUGUUCUGAAGACCCUCAUUCGGAAUAUUUUAUCCGACAAUAGCGCCGAAGAGACCGAUAUUAACUCUGCUUCGUGCCAUUUGGGCCCGAAACAUCUCCCAUACGAUUUGGAGCUAUUGCAUGGUUACGUACAGCGGAACACGGGGCAGAAAAUAGUCGUUGCCUUCAAGGACAGCGAAGCAUUCGACCACGGUGUUCUGAGUGAUCUGAUCUCUUUGCUAUGGUCAUGGCAAGAUCGUAUUCCUCUUGUUUUCCUUUUCGGCGUGGCAACCUCAGUGGACUUAUUUGAAUCUCGAUUACCUCGGUCAUCUGUGAGUUUGCUCCAGGGCCGAUGUUUCGACAUUCGCGACUCCGUGGAUUCUAUUCAGCGGAUAUUCUUUGAUCUAGAGACCUGCCCUGAUGGCACCCUAUGGCUCGGUCACAGGGUCAGCAACUUGCUCGUAGAGCAGUCGGAAGAUCACUUUCAAAGCCCCGAACGAUUUAGCUCUUCGUUGAAGUACACCUACAUGGCCCAUUUUUUUGCAAACCCAUUAGCGGUCUUACUCUCAAACGGUAUAUGUGACAAAGAUUUUCAACCAGAACUAUGCGAAGCGAUCCGGAACAUUCCGUCAUUUCGUAGGCAUGCACAGACACUACUGGACAAGAAGGAAACCAAAACGGUGAAAAAGCUCCUGGAUAACGAUGUAUUUCUGGCCCAGGAAGCCUUGAAUAACGUUAUUAUCGGCCAAGAAACCAUGAACCGUAUGUUUAAAUGCGUGGGUUCCCUAAAAAGAGUGUUGGAUGUUACCAGGACAGCAAAAACACCGAGUCUGUCGGACCUCGUUAUCCGAGCAGUUGGCGGGGAGCUGAACUCGUCGAAGAUUAUUAUCGAAGCGCUGUCAGCCAUCAAGAAGGUGACGUCCAACAUACUUGUGAGCCUCCUCAUUACACUAGGAGAAACAUUGCCAUUAGCAGGUGACUUGUAUGAUGAGCUUCAAACCCUUCUGUCUAAUAAGAAAGGUCCUGGAGUUUUGAGAACGAAAUACGACGACUCUCGCAUCACCCACAAAACCACUCUAGUUGCCCAGCGACUCAAACUAACAAAAGGCAGAGCGAAGCUCUCUGACGAAGAAGCCGAAUAUACUCGUAUAGUGGACCGUUUUCACAGUGGUUUCCGGACGUACUUGAUCGAGAAUCUUAUCCAGCCAACUAGCCUCUUUAUGCAUGAAGCUUUCCUAUAUGAUUUCAAAGGGCCCAUUGGGGAUACUUUCGUUCCUCGCCCGAGGUUCACAGUGGAACGUGCGCUAUCGAACCCGUCUGAUUAUCUAGGGUUCGACUCCGGCACAUUCUUCGAGAGUCUUUCGGCUUCUCAGCCUGCUACUGCGUUGCUUUACCAGCUUUACUUGGAAUCGGGAGCUGUCGUGAACAUUUAUGACCUAUGGAAGGCAUUCUACACCAUUAUUAGCGGUGAGGAUGGGGAGAAUUUUGAUGAACGAAUGGCGCUUAGUAUAUUUUAUCGCGCAGUCUCUGAAUUGAAGAUGAUGGGAAUGGUGAAGUCGAGUCGACGAAAGACGGAUCAUUUAGCAAAGCUAAGCUGGAUUGGAUUAUAAUGAGACGGUUAUAUAUAAUUUAGCUUCAUAAAGCGUGACACCCAUCCUCUCUAGCAUUGCCCGUGCCGUCGUAUCCUCAUUUCAUCGUAUGUACUGUCAAAUUAGUAUGGAUUCAACCACAAAAGUGUCUUAUGACAUUCUUCUUGCCCGAGACUUUUGCUGUUUUCUGGCCAUGGGUAUAUCGUUAUGAUAUGAAAAUAACCCAGCUCUAUCCCCUCGUUGCGCUUGUUCGCGGGUUGCUGACUUCUGUUCAGAGUCACAAGAUUUCUAAACCCUUCCGGGAAGCUCGUUAAAUUGAUCGUCUAGACCCCAGACGGCGCGAUUUUGUAUUGGCUCAAUGAUAUUGUCCUGAUCCAGGGGCCUGCCACCUUCAGAAAAGACCAUUACUUCUCUCCGGCGACGCCUCAGCUCUUGAUCUGUUGUGGUGCCUUCCUGCAAACGUCUCCCGCCCCAGGCCUGGGUAGCACCUGUAUCUGCUCCGUCUGGCACCCAAACACUCUCCCAGUCAUCGUCUCCUUCCAAAAUACUGAAGCGGCUUCGUUCAACGGAAGAAUCAUAUGCAUCAAGCUCGUCUUCUUCCAAUCUGGCUCCCAUUAGGCCGUAUCUUCGGAGCUGUCUUACUCCUUCAUGAUGAGUAGCUAGAAUAUUGAAAAUGUUACUCAUCAAGGGGUCAUCGGAGCCCCAGGUCUUCAUAAACAAAAAAACAUUACGUCUUCUCGUAUCAUCUUGCAAAGUACACGGGAACGGAUAUCUUGUUAGCCACUGACUCACAAGCCCGGCUUCUAGGGCCGUGUGCACGCUUUCUGGUAAAAGGGCAAGGAGGACGCCUAAAGCCUUCUCCUCUCCCGGGGGUCUGGUUCGCGGAAGUAUGGGAGAUGAAGUGGUGCCAAUCUUC